AUGGCUUUGAUCUCCUUGGAAGACCUGGAGGGAUUGGACGAAGACGAGGACAUCGCCGACGUCGACGCCGAGGCCCAGCCAAUGGGGGAGGAGCAGUCGGACAACCUGCUCGCUCAUUGGCGGGCCGUGGGCCGCACGCAUCAUGUCUCCGUGCCUGCGGAAAUGAGGGGGCCCAUCCACGAGAUGACGCGGAACAACCAGCAGAGGGAGCCUGUCCCCUUUGCGCCGCUCUCCCGCCAGGAGAAGAUGGGCGAGCUGAUGUGGGAGGAGCGCGCCUACCCGGCGGGGAAGUGGGCAUGCGUGCGCCACGCCGAGGAAUUUUACGAGCAGAGCAUCUCCCAGAGCUUCAUGAAGUUGAUGAGAUUCAUCUGCAAGGAGAACUCGGAAGGUCACCACUUAGGCAUGACGGUUCCGGUGGUGAGCACUGUGGCGCUGUCGUCAGACGGCAAGACAAUGGACAAGAGCGUGCUGACCGCCUUCUACUUGCCCGCCGCCUAUCAGGCGUCGCCGCCGCAGCCGAGCGACCCCGAUGUGAUCGUGGCACAUCGAGAUGCCUUCACCGUGGUGGCCGGGCCCUUCUUCGGAACCACCACGGAGGAGACGGUGACGCGCCACGCGGGCCUCCUGCGGGAGCUCCUGGGCCCGGCGGCGGCCCAGAGCCUGCGCUCCGACAUCUACAUGGUGGCAGUCUACGAGAACCCGGGCGUCCCGCGCCGACGCAACGAGAUCUGGUUCCUGCGCCGCUAA